AUGUAUCGGAAGUUGUCUAAGUUAGAACACUCGGAAAUAAAACAACUUCUUACAGAAGCUAACAUAGAUGUUGCAAAGCAUUACGCAACAAACAAAAAAGCACUCGCUGACUUCAUUAAAGACUAUAAUGGUGCAAUAAGUUAUGAUAGAAUUCAUGAUUACAUUAAUAACAAAACAUUUCCUUUAAAUGACGUUGCUAUUGACUUAUAUCAUAGACGUUCAAUACCUCAUGAAGUAAGAAGAGAAAUGUUUGACAUAACAAAUGCAAACGUUGGUCAUACUCGUAAAGCUCUUUCGCAUGAUGUUCGUCAAGAGAUGUUUGACAUAACAAAUGCAAACGUUGGUGAAACAAGAAGAAGAGACGACACACUGAAACAACAGAGAAGAGAGAUGUUUAAAAGUGCUAUAGAACAAGUUCGCAAAGCUAACGAUGUCAUUCGUUCCAUUGACGACAAACCAAAAGAAGGUGAGAGAUGGUUAAAGAAAGAUGAAGAGAAUAGGAAGAGAAAUGUGAAGUCAGGCAAUAGACUCAUUGACUUUAACAUCGAAGCUUUAGAUGAACCAAACAGAGACUACUUACACAAACAUUUCGGUAAG